AUGAGUUUCCGUCGCAUUCGCAUCUUCAUCCUCUCUCUGUUGACCUGCGCCAGUGUUUGGUGGUGGAUCGUUCGCGCAUCGCCCGUCAAUUUCCGCCUCAUCACCGACGAGAUGAAGCUCAACGACGGCCGCAGCGGCCUCUCGGCCGUCCUCGCAGCCGCGAUCGGGGCCCUCUUCGCCGGGCCUGUGGCCUCGGCUUCAUCCGGCCCAUACACGCCGUUCGAGCCAAUUGACCCCCAGAACUGGGUGAACCCCGACAACAUGACGUGGGACGACUGGGUGAAGCCGCCGGGCACGGACUGGUCGAACCCGGCCCGCAAGGGCUCGAAUCGCAACUUCAACAUCGCGCUUGUCGUCGUGGACUAUCCCGACCGCAACUUCACGAUCAGUCAGCCGGCGCAUUCAACCAUCUUCAACAACCCGCAACCCGCUGCCGCCGAUGUUGCCCGCGAGAAUGUGCCGACUUUUUACCGCGACCUCCUCAACACGCCGAAUGACCUCAACCAGGGACACACGCUCCACGAAUACUGGAUGGAGGACUCGGCUGGGCGCUUCGGUGUCGAUCUCACUGCCUUUGGCGCAUAUCAGCUACCUGCGAACGGAUAUCAGUAUGGUGUGUCUAAUGACAUGAAUCCUGGCGCCUGUCCGACUGGAGAGACGUGUAACCUCAACAUCCGGACGGAUGCGCUGUCAGCCUGGCGCAAUGACGUUGGUAACGACACGGCCGAUGCUUUUGAGCUGGUUUUCAUUCUCUCUGCGGGCAAAGACGAGUCUUCGACAUGGCAGGAGUUCGGCGAGAUGAAGUUUGACGGGCCUGAGGAUGUUCCUGAUGAAUUCGGUCCUCCCAAGACUGGUAACACAUCUCUUCCAAACUGGGCGCGUACUCGCUACGUUCCUUGGACAUCCUGGGCCGCGGCUUCCACACUGUGGCCCAACGCCGGUGGUGGCUCGUCUACUCAGGGCGAGAGCUCCGGCAUGGCUGUCUAUGCUCACGAGCUGAGUCACUUGCUCGACAUUGGCGAUAAUUAUAACAAUCCAUACGGCACUCCGUUGCGCAGAGCUUACACCGGAAUUUGGUCCAUGAUGUCUAGAGGCUCUUUCAACGGCCCCGGUGGACCUCACACCAGGUGGCAGAUCCCCGCCCUGCAAGGCUCUUCGAUGGGUUCGCUCCACACCCUCCGAGACAAGUAUCAACUAGGACUCAUCGAGCGAGGCGAUAUUCUUUGGCUGUCUCGCGAGGCACUUGCUACCUCAGGAAUCGCUGUCGCAGAUUUGACAGCACGAUCCGUGGAUCCUGGUGACGGCCUCAUGGGAAUCCGCAUCAUCAUGGAUUCUGACCAGUCGCCGGCCUGCGAUAUCCAAACUGAGCCACUCUGCGACGGCGGAAGCUGGGACAACUACGACAUCGAGGUUGUCGACCGCAUGGGAUCGGACAGCUUCACGCCCGACUCCGGCGUCCUGAUCAGCAAGUCCAAGAACGAAGACAACCAGCCCUUCCAGUGGGUCAUCGACGCGCACCCCGAAGACAUUGAGCUUGUCGACUUCCACCGGCCCAACGGCUCCAUCGCGAUGAUCACCAUGGGCGACUACCGGCAGCUCGCGGACGCGCUGUUCCACGCGGGCACCAACUCCGGCAGCGAGUUCGAGUUCAUCGACGAGGCCAACGAUCUUCAUUUUUACAUCAUUGACCGCCACCGGAACGACGACGGCGUCUUGUCUUACACCGUUGCAGUCCGUUCCAUCGGCGGCGAGGGGGGUGCUAGCGUUCACGACAUAUCCCUUGAAGAGGGCCAGGUGACGGCUCUUGAACAGAACACGGCCACGACCCAAGGCGUCUCGUGUUCCUUCCAGCUUAGCAAUAGCGGCGCAUAUGUAGCGGUAGACCCGAAUGACGCACAGCACCCGGAGGAUGUUUCGGCGUUCCUCGCAUCGGACGUCUACAGGUUGAGCGCCAAGGUUGAGGGAGCUGGCUGGCGCGUCGAGGUUCCUAACGUCUUGGUCACAGCCAAGUUUGGUGAAGUUAAGACGGCGUUUGUGUCGGUUGGUGCAAGUGCAGAUGCUGCCGACGCAGCUGUGGUGACCCUGAAGGCCACCUCGGAGUCGGAUCCUUCUGUUGCCGCAACGGCUCAGUGCAAGGUGUCGAAAGCUUGA